AUGGAUGAAGGCGAAUCAUCGACCAAUAACUCUUCGCGCCCAUGGGAAUCAUACAACACCGUCUUCACCAACGCAAAAGCAGGGAUGGAAGGAGUUGACAAGGAGAAAGUGCAGAGGAUUGUGUAUGAGAUGAGUAAAGGAUCCAAGUAUUUUCAAAAUGAGGAACGCAAAGAAGCUCUUAUGAAACAAAAGAUUGAGCAUAUGCGUGAUAGGUGUGCUAAGCUCUCUUCCUCUGAUCUAUCUAACUAUCAGAAGGUGGUUGAUAGAAGGGUCUUAGAGCUUGAAGCUACACGCGACCUAUCUAGAGUAUGGCUCCAUGUUGAUAUGGAUGCCUUUUAUGCUGCUGUUGAAACUUUGAGCAAUCCUUCUCUCAAGGGGAAACCCAUGGCUGUUGGAGGCUUGUCCAUGAUCUCCACAGCUAAUUAUGAGGCAAGGAAGUUCGGGGUCCGUGCAGCUAUGCCGGGCUUCAUUGCUCGCAAACUGUGUCCAGAUUUGAUAUUUGUUCCUGUAGAUUUCUCAAAGUAUACUCACUACAGUGAUUUAACUAGAAAAGUUUUUAGGAACUAUGAUCCUAACUUCAUCGCUGGGAGCUUGGAUGAAGCCUACCUUGACAUAACUGAGGUUUGUCGAGAAAGAGGUCUUUCAGGUGCAGAAAUUGCAGAGGAGAUUAGAUCUUCUGUUCAGUCCGAGACUGGAGGACUAACAUGCAGUGCUGGAGUUGCCGCAAACCGCUUGCUCGCCAAGGUUUGCUCAGACAUAAACAAGCCUAAUGGACAGUUUGUCCUACAAAAUGAUCGAUCAACCAUUAUGACAUUCAUCUCUUCCCUUCCUAUAAGAAAGAUCGGAGGAAUCGGUAAGGUUACUGAGCAUAUUCUGAAGGAUGCUUUAGGAAUUAAAACAUGUGAGGACAUGGUGCUAAAGGGAUCUCUUCUCUACGCUCUCUUUACUCAGUCUUCUGCAGAUUUUUUUCUCUCUGUUGGACUGGGACUUGGGAAAACAGACACUCCUGAGGCUAGGUCUCGUAAAAGUAUUAGCAGUGAGAGGACAUUUGCUGCGACAGGAGAUGAAAGAUUGCUAUCUUCAAAGUUAGCUGAAAUUGCAGAAAUGCUUUCUCAUGACAUGAAAAAGGAGGGUCUAACGGCAAGAACACUGACACUUAAACUGAAAACUGCCUCCUUUGAGAUUAGGAGCAGAGCUGUUAGCCUGCAGAGGUACACAUGUUCAAGCGAGGAUAUUCUUAAGCAUGCCACAAAGCUAUUGAAGGCAGAACUUCCUGUUUCCAUAAGGCUGAUAGGAUUGCGAAUGUCUCAAUUCAAUGAAGAAACCCGCCACUCUGAUCCCUCACAGGGAACUAUCACCAAGUUCAUCGUUCAAAAGGAUUCCUCAAAACAAAAUCUGGAUGAUAAUGACUCAUUUGACUGGGAUGCUAGUAAAACUUGUUUAAGUAAUGAUGAGAGGUUGAGUUUCUCCUAUGCUUCUCAUGACACAAACUAUGAUCAACUGAAAGAAGAUGUUGUCGAAUAUGAAGAACAAUCAGUAACUCCAGAACAAGAAUGUAAGAAAAAGGAAGAAAAGCUGCAAGUCUUGGAAGGGGAUGCUGUGCUCAGGAAACACAAGGAGUGCAAAUCAGAUACAAGUGCACAAAAGACCGAAGCAGUUUCAGUAUGUCCGCAGAUGGAGACAUUAGUAUGGGUUGAUGGGUACAAAUGCAACUUGUGUGGGAUCGAGUUACCUCCAUCUUUUGUUGAGGAACAGCAAGAACACUCCGAUUUCCAUCUCGCCCAGAGACUUCAAAAUGAAGAAUCUGGCCCUAGUUCUUCCCCAACACCUGCUUCAAAACGAAGGAUUCUCGGAAAGGAAAAGGCAAAUUCCAAGCCAAAGAAGCAGAAACCAAAUAAAAAAGAUGAUAGCAAACACAUUCCAAUUCACACAUUCUUCACAAAGAGCAAUCAAAACUCGUGA